CAAACGAGAAGAAGAAACUGGUUCAUCGCUAAUCGCUGAUAAACAAGACGAAGAAGACAACGAUAACAGUGUGUAGGUACCUGACGAAAAAAAUAAUAUAUUUGACCAAAUUCGAAUCGAAAGUGGAUGCAAAAUUUAUUAUAUAAAAGGUUACAUUAUAACCGCACGCAUUUAGUCAGAAAGACUGAGCUGUCUGAUUGUUUUUGCGGCGGCGAGCGGCCAAAGCUAACGACAGUUAGCAUACUUGGUUCGCUCCUGUUAGCUGAGAUUUGGCAAUACAGUAACAUUAAUUCCCAUCUCAGAGACAUAGAGAAAGUGGUUGUAUCAAUGAGUUGUAGCGGCGCCUAAUGCCCUCCGCGAACAUGUCUUUAGUCGCUUAUGCCAGUAGUGAUGACAGCGAUGGUGAAGGAACGUCGAGCAAACAAGGUACCGGGGGGCUUUUCUCACUUUUGCCAGCCCCCAAAAAAGCUUCUACGGCGGACAGUAGUUUCUCAGGUCUGCCCAAGCCCAAGAAGCGCACAGGGCCAGUGAAGAUUGGCAUACCACAGAAUGCUGACUCAGAUGAUGAGGAACCAGAAAAGAAAAAAAUCCAACCCAAGCAGGCCACAGGUAGUGGUCUGUCCUCUCUCCUGCCGCAACCCAAAAACCUAAACGUGAAAGCGACCGACAGACCUUUGAUUCCUCACACACUGACCAAGCGGCCAGAAUCAAAUGCAUCCCCUUCCGCCAUUAAAGCGGCGGCCAAGUCAGCGGCGCGGCAGCUGGCCAGACAGAUCGUAGCUAAUGACGAGCACGAGGAGGACAUCUCGCCGCAGAAUUACUUCUCAUUAGGCGAGACCCCAGAGCCCCCGGCGCCGACCGUCCUUCCGAGUCCUGAACCCGAGCCUGUUGCCGCCGUUGUAGAGACGCUUCCCGCGCCUCUACCGCCGCCGCUUCCUCCGCCGCCACCCGGCGAUGAGUCAGGCCAGUCAGACGCCCCCCUCGAUUUCGGUGGAGGUCAGGAUGGACCCGUUGCGUGGGGAAACCAAUAUCCGCAAUAUCAGCAACCGAUGGCGGGACCGGAAUCUUACCCUGAAGGAUACGAUAAUAACGAAGCAUAUUACCAAGAUCCAAGCCCUGGCUUGCCUGAUGACGAAGAACCCGGUAACUCGGCCAUGUUUGAUGACGAAGCGUUCAUGCGACUUCAGGGCAAAAGGAACCGGGGCAAAGAGGAGGUGAAAUUCCUGGAGAUUAAGGGUGAUGACCAGUUGAGUGGCCACCAACAGUGGCUCACUAAGAGCAUUUCUGAGGAGAAGAAGGCCCAUGGAUCCUUUAGCAAGAAAAGGGGAGGAAUGCCCACUGGACAGCAAAGGCGCAAGCACCAGAUUACAUAUCUCAUCCACCAGGCGAAAGAACGCGAGCUGGAGCUGAAAAACACCUGGGCAGAAAACAGGAUGACCCGCCGGCAAACACAGGCCAAAUAUGGCUUCUGAGAGCGUCAAGGAGACUAGAGCUUCCCAUAGAUUUGAAUAAUGUAAUGCACAUCUCCUCAACUAUUUGUUCAUGACUCCUUUUUAAAGUCAACUUUUACCUUUCAGACACGUGGGUUUUGGAAGCCAGGGGGUUGUAAAUGUAUUCCUUUGUAUGUACUCCUGCACAUGUGUAUUUAGUGUUACAUUCAAUUUAGUGAAGGGCCAUCGUACUUCCUAAAAUAAUACUGCAUUCAUUCAGCUCGAGGCAGACUGAGUUGGAAUUUUAUAAUAAACAUGCUGGUGCACAAAUGUCAGAAAGUUGUUGCUGGUCAUGGAAAUAGUUAUACAUUAAAGACGGUCUUUUCAGGACAGGUGUCAAUACUCCUCGCUCUUCCAAAUUAGAACUACAAUGACAAUACUACGACUGGACAAU